UAUAAAAUUGGAUCUGGUUUUCGAUCAUGUACAAAUAUCCGUGGCCCGUGACAUUUUGACUGUUAGUUCGUGUGUUAUCAUUCGGGACUUUGAACGAUAUGAUAAGAUAAGUUUUGAAAUUCAUUUUUUCAUCGAUUUUAUUUUUCUUGUGUCGCGCGGGAUGAAAAUCGUCCGCGAUCCCGGCUUCCGUCGCCGUUGAACCUGAGGUCGUCGUGUUAUUCGUAUGCAACGUGUAAACAACAGUACGACACGUCGACACACCGAAACAUCGUCGUCUGCGGUUAACAUCUAGCAUUACAGUGUAAUCCCGUACGUCGGCGUGUUGGCUUGUGCGAUCAAACGUAGUAAUCGGAACGAGUACCGCAGUGAUGAGCAAUAAAGUCGAUAAUCCCGUGAGGGUUUGGUGCGAUGGUUGUUUCGACAUGGUACAUUUCGGCCAUGCGAAUUCCUUGCGACAAGCCAAGGCUUUGGGCCAUUACCUGGUCGUUGGUAUACACACCGAUGAAGAAAUCACGAAGCAUAAGGGUCCACCGGUUUUCACAGAACAAGAGAGGUACAAGAUGGUAAAAGCUAUUAAAUGGGUUGAUGAAGUAGUAGAAGGUGCUCCUUAUGUUACAAAUCUUGAAACUUUAAAUCAACACAAUUGUGACUUUUGUGUUCAUGGAGAUGAUAUCACAGUUACAGCUGAUGGAGUUGAUACUUAUCAUCUUGUCAAAAAAGCUAACAGAUACAAGGAAGUAAAACGGACUGAAGGAAUUUCCACCACUGACGUAGUUGGUCGCAUGUUGUUCAUGACAAGACAGCAUUUCUACAAAGGAGAUAAAGAAUACACUGUGGAAAAAGAACAUUCAUCGGUGAUGGGUCAGGAUAAGGCAGCUAGAAGUCCAUGGACUGGAUGUUCACAAUUUUUACCUACUACUAAAAAAAUUAUUCAGUUCAGUGAAGGCACAGAACCUAAACCUACUGAUAGGGUAGUAUAUGUUGCUGGAGCUUUUGAUAUUUUUCAUGUUGGUCAUUUAGACUUUUUAGAAAAAGCUCAUCAGUAUGGGGAUUUUCUUAUCGUCGGCUUACAUACUGAUCCUAUAGUUAACCAGUAUAAAGGCUUGAACUAUCCUAUAAUGAAUUUACAUGAACGAGUCUUAAGUGUUCUUGCUUGCAAAUAUGUAUCGGAAGUUGUUAUUGGAGCACCAUAUAGUGUAACAUCUGAUUUAAUGAAACAUUUUAAUGUAGAUGUAGUGUGUCAUGGUAAAACACCAGUGAAAAUGGAUAUUAAUGGUGAAGAUCCAUAUGCGAUUCCAAAAGCAAUGAAUAAAUUUGUGAUUGUAGAUUCAGAAAAUAGUAUGACUACAGAAAAAAUUGUGGACCGUAUUAUAAGAAAUAGACUAGAAUUUGAAGCUAGAAAUUUUAAAAAGGAAGCUAAAGAAAUGGCAAUUAUCAAAGAAAUGGAAAAAGUGAAAUUAGAAUCAUGCUAGUAUCUUGUGAUAUUUUUUAUUUCAAUUAUAAAUUGUGUUGUUAAUAAAUAAUACAAUUGAUUAUAUUUUAAUACAUUCAAUCAAUUUUAGAUUCAUGGUAUUACGAAUCAAAUCAUUGAUUUAUUUCUUCUUUAUGUGUCUAUAUUUAUUGUUUGAUUUUUAUUUACCAUA